AAAUAGAAAGGAAGAAAAAGGGAAGAAUGGUUGGUAUGAGAAUGGCAUUGCAUCGGCCUUACCUUUACCUACCCAAACGCUCAAUAAGAAAUAAAGUGAUUUUAGAUUCACUGUCUUACCAACCCCAUUUCCCACCAUCACCCUUCAAAACCUCCAUCUCUUUCGCCCCCUUUUACCUUCAAAACAACACAGAUUUGCCUCUCAGAUUACACUACACUUUCAAUCUCCGACCAUGGGCGGCCGCACCGUCUUCUCUUUGGCUGAGGUUGCCUCUCAUGACAAUCGCAACGACUGCUGGUUGAUCAUUGAAGAUAAGACAAGUUGUUCACCGAAUUUUUGGGUUCGUGAAGCGAGAGAAAUAAUAGAAUUGGCAAGAGAAAGAGAGAGUUCUUCCGGCGAUGUCUGGUCCAUUGCUAGAUUCUCCUUUAUUUCUAGACUUUUUUGUAAUUAUUGGUUAGGUAUCAUUUUACAUAAUUAAAGCCCUUUGUAGUUCGGCUUCCUUUUCGUUCUUUUAAUGCCUCAAUGAAAGUCAGGUUUUUCAUUAAAUAAUAAUCUACCUGUUCAAGCUCUCUGGUUUAAGAGUAUUUGACUUCCCAUCCAUAUAUGAUGUUUACUUUUAAUUUCUGUGGUAGACUGGUAGGCAAACAAAAUUACAUGUUUUUCUCUUACCUUAAAAUUUUGUUCUCCUCUUUCUCCCAUAUCAGAUUUGCAUCCAGGCUUCUUGGCUGCAUAUUGUUUGUGGUGUAUGAUGUAACAAAGUUCCUAGAAGACCAUCCUGGUGGUGAUGAAGUCUUGUUGUCAGGAGUUGGUAAGGAUGCAACCAAUGAUUUUUUCGACGUUGGGCACAGUAGCGCUGCUAGAGCAAUGAUGGAAGAAUUUUACGUAGGCGAUAUCGAUAGCUCAACUAUUCCUGCAAAAAGAACGUACACUCCUCCAAAGCAACCCCUAUACAACCAAGACAAGACACCAGAGUUCAUUAUCAAGGUCCUCCAGUUUCUUGCUCCCCUGAUAAUUUUGGGCUUGGCUUUUGGCAUCCACCUCUAUACCAAAACAACUUAAACAUUGAAACUAUAUCUUUUUUUUUUUUUUUUUGAAAAUUGGUUCAUUUUGUUCCAAUGAGUAUACUUUGCUUGAAACUUGUUGUAUGAUGCCACUAAAGAAUAUGUCAACUUCCUUUGUUCAGCA